GGAGUGAAAGCCCUUCACUGAGCAACCAACAACGGCUAUAUUCCCCUAAAAGAUUUCAAACACUGCAAAAAAAAAAAAUUCAAAAACCUAUCUCCACCGAAGAAGAAAGGUAUGGCGGAAACCAGAGUUGAGAUCUCAGAUCCAGAAUCCGAGUUCUUUGCUUCGAAGCAAGAGACGGGAAACGAGUGGGAGCUUUUCAAGGAGAACGUCCGUCCUCUAAAGAGAGGACGCAAUGUCCGUCUUCUCAACCACGCUCUCAAAUCUCACACCGACCACCAGUUAAGAAAGACCCUCCUCGAGAAACGGAGGAAGUUGAUUGAGGAUAUCGAUGAGUACGAUGGUGAUGACCCUCUCUCUCCAUGGAUCCAGUGUAUAAAAUGGGUACAAGAGGCGUUUCCACCAGGAGGAGAGUGCUCGGGACUGUUAGUGAUAUACGAGCAAUGCGUUCGCAAGUUCUGGCACUCUGAGCGUUACAAGGAUGAUCUUCGUUAUCUCAAAGUUUGGUUGGAAUAUGCUGAGCAUUGCGCUGAUGCGGAAGUGAUUUACAAGUUUUUAGAGGUUAAUGAGAUUGGAAAGACACACGCUUUGUACUACAUUGCUUAUGCUUUGCACAUGGAGUUCAAGUCUAAGGUCAAAACGGCUAAUGAGAUAUUCAAUCUCGGAAUCUCUAGAAAUGCAAAGCCUGUGGAGAAGUUGAAUGAUGCUUACAAGAAAUUCAUGGUGAGAACUAUGAGAAGACCCAAAACAGCUGAUGAAGAACCUAAGGAGAAUAAUGACAUGCCGUCAAGAAGCUUUGGCACUGUAUUGUCUAGGGUAGAUAAUAAUAAUAACAAUACAGGAAGGCAAGCGUUAGGACCACAAGCCAAGAAACCAAAGCCAAAUCACUCAUCCAAAGCACCUUUAUCUAUCUACACAGACAAUACACAAGGGAAUCAUCCAGAUUCAGAAAAGUCAAAACCAGAGUAUGGUUCUUGGCUAAUGCUUGGAGGCAGAGCAGAGAGGAACAAAGAAAACAAUUCAUUGCCUGGAAAAUGGAAAACAUUCAAGGUUCCUCAGAAACCCAUUGUGAGAACUCCUGCAGCCUCUGCUUCUUCCUUUGAGGUUUUUGUGGACGAAGAAGAAGAAGAAUGUACAGAAGAGGUAGGAGAGAAGAGGAAGAGUGAAACUAACUCCUCAUCAUCGUCAUCACAAGGUCUGCCGCUUAAUGAUGGCCGUGAGAUUAAGAAAGAGACAGAGCUGCUGCGACAGAACCCGUUAAGACAUUUCCCACCCAACAGCUUCCUACGAUGAUAAAUGUUAUCAUUAUCUCUACCAACAAGCAUAACAGACACGGCGGUCUUUCUGAGUUUGUGUUUUGAGCUUUUGUCUAUAAAGCUCCUUUUUCUUAUUUUCCUAUUUGCGUUUGUGUACUGAGAUUUAUGUACCAUGUUGAGCUUUCCGUGUGUUCUUGAAACUUAUUUGAGUUUUUUUAAUCUAAUUGAUUUAAGUUCGUUU